AUGGGUACGGGUAUGGGUACGACAUGGGUACGGCUAUGGGUAUGGUAUGGGUACGAGUCAGGGUAUAGGCAUGGGUCACGGUAUGGUUGUGGAUAUUGGUAUGAAUAUUGCACGGGUAUGGGUACGAAUAGGGUUAUGGGUACGGGUAUGGGCAUGAUCACGGUACGGAUAUUGGAAUGGGUACAGGUAUGGGCCGCAGGCCCGAGCCGAUUGGCUUGAAUAUAAUAAAAUUUAUUAAAAUUAGCAUAUUUAAAAUAAAAUAAAAUAACAUCGCAACGACCAGACCAUAGGAGGCCCGCAGGGCCUCCGUUGGUCUGGUAUCUUUUCAUUUGAAAAAGGCUACUUUAACUGUUAAAAAAUUUUAAAAAGUUAUUUUGAUAAGGCUUAUGUUACUACUUCCUUAAUACGGUUUUUUAUAAAUAAAACGAUCAACUUUUGUUAAAACUGUUAGAUAAAACAUUGUAAAUAAUACAUUGCAAUUUGUGUUGCGUUAAGCAGUGGCACACCUUUCAAAUUAAACAAAAUUUUUUUGAUUCGACUUUGCUAACUGUUAUCUUUCACCUCACUGAUCAUGUGUAUGUAGCUCAUGCAAGUUUUGUAGUUAUUAAGGAUACUGUGGAUUAGUUUUAAGUAUAUAAAGUAAAACGUAUUUAGCAUGACCCUCAAUAGUGUGACACCCUUAUUAUAAUGACAGCUUUUUGACCGCUCUUUGUUGUACUACUCCUAUUAAAAGGGUCUGGACAGUAAGAUAUACUGGUUAUAAAGACAAGUUUGGACUCUCUUUUGAGCGUGAUACUAACGAGGACUGUGACUUUAAAACAUGGGUAUUUUUGUUGACUUUAACUGGUGAUUAUUGUAAAAUAUGAUUUUUUCUAUGUUUCAUCAGUUGGGCUUACAUCGGACGUGUUAUAAAAUUUUACCGUACGUGUGCUCAAGUUUUCCAAACAUAUAAACAUACUGAUUAAUAUAACAAAAAUGUUCAGAUGGAAACAGACUCGAUAGGCCGUGCCAGUUCCUUGAGCACGUCGCCCCGAUCCUCCAAACUUCGCAAACGCCUUUUUCGACCAUUCAAACGACGAAAAUCGACCAUUCCUCAUUUGGACGCGGCCGAAUUGGAAGCCAAAGUCCAGCUAUCAGAAGCCGAAAGCGAUGAAGAAAUGUCGCAAAACUCUUCGAAUUCGGUUUCAAUCAGAGGAUCAACAAAUGUCAGUACCAGAUCAACACCUGGCAGGAUUCGGAAACGAUUCAAUUUGUUUGGAGGUAAGAGCAUUUGA